GAUAUUUUUUUUCCACAGCCUUGUGGAUCCUUCUGGAAGUUUCUCGUCAUAUGUUCCCUCUAGCCCUGCAGCCUUCUUCAGCCAAAGCCACCAAUGGCCGGGUAGCCACAUCUCCGGGUCGCCAUGGUGGCAGCGAUGCGGCCUGGGCACCAGGAUUUUGCCAGAUGACAGCUUGAAGCUAAGGUGAGAUGUCUUCGACGCCAACCUCACUGAAAGGACAGGAGGAAGAUCUUUCAAAUUUGGAGGCAAGCGGGGCAAAAGGCGCCACUGCUAGAAAAGAGGAAGCGGCAACGUAUUUGCGACAGGAACUGUAUCCUGCAGUUUCCGUUCCGUCCAAAGCAGAAGAAUCAGCGAAGCAAAGGGGACCUCAAAAAAGUCAGGAACUUCUGCCAACUACACAACAGGAAGUAGAUGCAGCCACGAUUUCCGCCGGAAAAAAGGCAUCGCUGAAGUCUCAAGACACUGUUGCAGCCAAGGAGGCAGCAGAUGUGAAGGGUUCUGCAAGUGCAUCAGCACAGCGAAGGUCAUCGGCAAAGUCUCAGGAUGCUGUUGCAGCCAAGGAAGUAGCAGAUGUGAAGGGUUCUGCAAGCGCACCAGCAGAGCGAAGGACAUCGGCGAAGUCUCAGGAUGCUGUUGCAGCCAAGGAAGUAGCAGAUUUGAAGGGUUCUGCAAACGCACCAGCAGAGCGAAGGGCAUCGACGAAGCCACAGGAUGCUGUUACAGCCAAGGAGGCAGCAGAUGUGAAGGGUUCUGCAAGCGCACCAGCAGAGCGAAGGACAUCGGCGAAGUCUCAGGAUGCUGUUGCAGCUAAGGAGGCAGCAGAUGUGAAGGGCUCUGCAAGUGCACCAGCAGAGCGAAGGGCAUCGGCGAAGUCUCAGGAUGCUGUUGCAGCCAAGGAGGCAGCAGAUGUGAAGGGUUCUGCAAGCGCACCGGCAGACCGAAGGGCAUCGACGAAGCCACAGGAUGCUGUUGCAGCCAAGGAGGUAGCAGAUGUGAAGGGUUCUGCAAGCGCACCGGCAGAGCGAAGGGCAUCGACGAAGCCACAAGAUGCUUUUGCAGCCAAGGAGGCGGCAGAUGUGAAGGGUUCUGCAAGCGCACCAGCAGAGCGAAGGACAUCGGCGAAGUCUCAGGAUGCUGUUGCAGCUAAGGAGGCAGCAGAUGUGAAGGGCUCUGCAAGUGCACCAGCAGACCGAAGGGCAUCGACGAAGCCACAGGAUGCUGUUGCAGCCAAGGAGGUAGCAGAUGUGAAGGGUUCUGCAAGCGCACCGGCAGAGCGAAGGGCAUCGACGAAGCCACAAGAUGCUUUUGCAGCCAAGGAGGCGGCAGAUGUGAAGGGUUCUGCAAGCGCACCGGCAGAGCGAAGGGCAUCGACGAAGUCUCAGGAUGCUGCUGCAGCCAAGGAGGCGGCAGAUGUGAAGGGUUCUGCGAGUGCACCGGCAGAGCGAAGAACUUCGUCGAAGCCACGGAAUGCUGUUGCAGCCAAGGAGGUAGCAGAUGUGAAGGGCUCUGCAAGUGCACCGGCAGAGCGAAGGGCAUCGACGAAGUCUCAGGAUGCUGCUGCAGCCAAGGAGGCCAAAAGCGCAGAAAGAAAAGAGGAAGAGGAACUUCGAAGCCUUCUCUUUGCUGCGGAGCAGAAGCUGAAAACUUGCCAAGAGGAGUUGGAGGUGGAGCAACAGGCGGCUUCCGACGAGUCCAUCCUGGUGGCCUCCCUGCUGGCGCAGCUCACGGCGGAGAAGCGACGGCAAAGCGCCGUGGAGAGCGAGGCGCACACACGUCAGCUUGAGAUAGAGCGAGCAGAGGCCGAAACUCGAACACAACUGGAGGCGGCUAAGCAGUUGAGAUUGGAAGCAUUCACUGCGGCACAAGAAGCACAUCAUUUGAAGACAGAGUCCUCCGAAGCAGCCUAUGUUCUCAGCGAGUGCAAGGCAGCACUGGAACGACAUGAUGCGGAAGAGAAACGCGACUCGGAGUUGGCUGAGGAGAACAAGGAGUUGGAAGCAGCUCUGAAAGUCGAAGCUGCGAUUGUUGAAGAGCUUCGUGAUUUGUGCUCCUCCGAGUCCAAGUGCUACACAGUGGCUAUGAGUGAGUGCGACGCCUUAAGACGGGAACUUCAUGAUCUCACCCGUCUCGCCUUGCCAUCGCCGGCGACUGCAGUUCAGCAAGGUAUUCCGAAGUCCAAUUGCCAUUUCCGUGCUGUCUCCGGCCAGAGCCUGAAUGCUUCAAAGGAUAUCCCAGAGCCAGAGGGAGCAGCGCUGAAGCCAAUGGACAAUGAGCGCCCACGCCAGACUGAGAUGCGCCUGGCUCCAAAGUGGCCGCCAGGUGAGCUGUUCAUCCACGAGGAAAAGACUUUCAGUGCGGGCAGCUACUACCAGAUCUACCAGUUGAAGCAGCUUUGUGUGCAAGCCUCCGGUGCGGAGUUCUUCUUGCGAGAGCCCGUUUUGGAGCGCCAGAGCAGCCUUGGGGAGGCACAUACGCAGCUUGUGCUGACCAUCUUCCAUUCGACUGGGUGCCCUCCGCGCUGGCUCAACGGAGCGCGCAGGUGGUCUUUGGACCAGCUUGACACAGCAGCUGCAGAGGAUGAGGAGAUUGCAUCUCGGACUGCUGCUGGCGUUGUAGCAGCCACGUCAAUCUCGGCCUGGUGCAGUGCCCAGCUGCAGGUAAGUGGGCGCCUGUGUGGCGUUUGGAAGCGAGUUCUUGGGGCGGAGGUGGAAGCCAGUAGCAAUGAACUUCGACCCAUUUUUCUGGUCCACGACCGUUCCAGCCACGCAGAGCGUAGCGUGCUCCUGCAGCUUCUGGACCUGGUGAAUGAAAAGUGGAGCUGUGAGCAUCUGGGAGUUGUGGCACAUGCUGCGGCUUUAAAGCUUGAAGUGGAGGAAGUCACAGAGGCAUUGGAGGCGGCCCAACAGGAAGCCACGCUCUGGAAACAACGCGCCGAGGUCAUGCUGGGUCGCCGAAAGGCCAUCAUGCAGGUGGCUGCACGCUGGCAAGGGAGCGAUGCGGCAUGGGAUUGGCUCAUGGAGCAGGGCCAAGGGGUGCAGGAGCUGCCGGAUUUGCCAGAAGGCUCCGAGCUUCGCCUGCAAAACCGCGAGCUUUGCCUCUCGCUGCGGCAAUUCAAGCAGGAUUGUGAGCUCUUGGAGUCGGAGAAUUUGAGUUUGAAAGAGGCUCUGACCUGCAUGGAGGAAGAUUUGCACCGGGUUGGCCAUGGCUGA